AUGAUCCUGACAAGGGAUAUUAGCUUCGGCUCCGAAGUCAAAAUGGUGCCAGUCAACGCUUCAUCAGGUUUUACCAAAAAGGAGCUCGAAGGGUUCAUGAAGGAUAGCGUAUUUGGCGAUCUGCCUUUGUGGGAUUCAAGACACCGAACCCAUAUGGAAAAAUUUCAUGGGCUCCUUAAUUCAAGGGUGCAAACUAACAGUGCAGAACAAGAAGUUCAUGAAGUGGCUCACCGACGAAGAAAUUCGACAUCGCAUUCGCCCACAUGUAUCACACCUGCCCAAUUGCGCUCAUUCCAUGCGGCGAAGAUUCCUACAUGGAUAUGGUUACUGAGUGGGCAACUCGUGGACACGAUAGGAACUCUCGUCGGCGUUCCAACUUUUCCCAGCUAUGUUCCACCUCUGAUGAUGGAGAGCUUGGAUGAAAUGAACUUCUAUGAGAGGACAAAGAGCUUUAUCGGCUACAAUCUCGGAAACAUACUGUUCCCUCGGAUGGUUGUCAAUAAAGAGACAGCCAUAAUGAGAGAGUAUUGGGAUCCGGACUUUCCGGACAUUAUAGAUCUAGCAAGCAAAUGUCCGCUGAUUAUGGCCAAACUCUAA